AUGUAUUCGAAAAUCCUGCCCAUCACAAUAAUAUGCUUUGUUAUUGUUUCAACCGUCAAUGCAUGGUACACAGGUAAUGCAAGAUGGGCUAAUCUAGAAGGCGGUUAUACAGCAUGUGGUCGACUACAUGUCAAUACCGAUUUGAUUGCUGGUUUAAAUGCAGCACAAUUUGAUCCAUCACCGGAUGGUAAUCCAAACAAGAAUAGCAAUUGUGGUAAACAUGUACAAGUUUAUGGACCACGUGGUAGUGUUACAGUAAUAAUUAGUGAUCGUUGUGCUGGUUGUGCUUACGGAGAUUUAAAUUUAACCCCGACAGCAUUCCAAACUGCCGUUGGAGAUUUAUCUGUUGGUAGAGCGCAAAUAAGCUGGAGAUUUGUGUAA